AUGUCUAAGGAAAGCAGACAAGGCACCAGUGAAAAUCUCGCAUCCCAACUGAUUGCUCAAGGUCAAUAUGAACAAGCCGAGUCUUUGUUGAGGAUCUUGCUUCAGUGCCGUUUGAAUGUAUUUGGCGACUGUGAUGUCGAGACAGCAUCCGCAUAUAAAAUGCUCGGCUAUGUCUUGGACAGGCAAGGCAAAUAUGAAGAAGCCAUUCAGCACUACGAAUGCGCACUGAACUCGUACAAUGAGGCAUCAGCCCAUGGAAGUGUUCACCCCGAUGCCGAUUUCGUAUACGCUUGCAUCACAAAACUCUACCGGAUGACAAAGCAAUAUGACAAGGCACUGGAAAAGUCCAUAUGUCAACUAGGGAUUCGGGCCAAGAUACUGGGAGAGACGCAUCCCAAAACAGCUCUCGCCUUACACAAUGUCGCGAUCUGUCACUUUGACUUGGGUAGUCAUUCCCAAGCACUCAACAUGCUAAAUCAGGUAUUGAUUGUACAACAAAAUGCUGGCAGCAAUGACACACAUGGAAUCGCUGCUGUAUACACCACCAUGGCCAAGAUUCUAGUCCAUCAAAAGAGAUUUGGAAAGGCUAUGGAGAUCUACGAGCGUGUGCUCACACAUCAAGUCCAAGUCUUGGGUCAGUGUUCUCCUGCCGUGGCUCUCACAUAUCGAAAUAUCGGAUUGGCCUACGAAAGCCAAUCCAAUACAAUGGCCGCAUGGCAAACGGUCAUAAAGGCUCUUGCAAUUCAAACCAAGCUCAUCGAAGACAACAAUCCCAUUGCUGCAUGGAGACUUCAGUGCCAGGAGAAUACUGGCAGCAUCGAUGUGCUGCGUGCGGAAGCGAACAGAACGCUACAGAUUGUUCAAAUUUUAGAAAAGAGAAUGGCAAUGGCAAUGUCGUCCACACCCCAACAACCACAACAACUACAAGCCACCAAUCUGGCUUUUGAAUCUACUAUGUUGGACGCAAGUGCGCCGCCGACACCAGAUUCACAAUGA